AAAGAGACUUUAUUUAUGUGAGGGAAUAAACAAACAAAUAAUGGCAGCAGUGAAACUGAACUCGCUGCAGCCUCUGGCAAUUCACAUUUCCUCAAAUAUUUCUGGGCUUAACGGAUUCAAAGGGAAGUCGAAUUCAAACCCUAGAUUACAACAACGGUGCACCGCUCAAAUGUCAACCGGAAAUCGACCCGACCCGCCCAAAGUCAUCGACUCGCAUUUACACGUAUGGGCUUCCCCUCAACAGGCUGCAAAGGAGUACCCGUAUUUUCCGGGUCAGGAGCCCACUUUACCGGGUCAUGUUGAUUUCUUGCUUGAGUGCAUGAGAGAGGGUGGUGUAGAUGGAGCCCUUAUAGUGCAGCCCAUCAAUCAUAAGUUUGAUCAUUCUUAUGUAACAAGUGUCUUGAAGAAAUACCCUUCGAAGUUUCUUGGUUGUUGCCUUGCGAAUCCGGCUGAAGAUGGGACAGGCAUCAAACACCUUCAAAAUCUCGUUUCCAAGGAUGGAUAUCGUGCUGUGCGCUUCAAUCCAUACUUGUGGCCGUCUGGUCAAUUGAUGACAAAUGAAGUGGGGAAGGCCAUGUUUGCGAAAGCUGGAGAGCUUGGUGUACCAGUUGGUUUCAUGUGCAUGAAGGGUCUUGAUCUGCAUUUAUCGGAAAUCGAACAACUCUGCACGGAGUUUCCUUCUACAGUUGUUAUACUUGAUCAUUUGGGUUUCUGUAAACCCCCAACAAAUUACGAAGAAGAAAAAAUAUUCUCAAAGCUGCUGCACCUAUCUAGAUUUCCACAGGUAUAUGUAAAACUAAGUGCCCUAUUCAGAGUUUCGAGAAAUCCAUAUCCGUAUGAAGAUUUGUCCGACGUUUUAUCAAAAAUUGUUUCUAGCUACGGUGCUAACCGUGUCAUGUGGGGAAGUGAUUUUCCGUAUGUGGUUCCUGAGUGUGGCUAUAAAGAAGCAAAAGAAGCAGUGGUUAAACUAAUCGAACAAGUGGAGUUAUCAUCUUCGGAGAAGGAAUGGAUAAUGGGUCGAACCGUUUAUCAAAUCUUCAACAGUCGAUGGUCUUCUUCGUAAAUAUCCAUCCCUCACCAUAUUAUGGCUCCCAUUCCGUAUCAUUAGUAACCACGGAAGCUGAAGAGAAUUCGGAGUUGUGAAAUGAACUAUUGCUUCGAAUCCCACUUUUGUACGGUGUUUUUUUUUAGUAACAAACAUAGCCUUCAUAUGGCCAAGAGGGGGGGCCAUGGCCCCUCUUAACUU